AUGGACCAACUACCAAAACUACUGAACGAAUACUUUGAAAUACCCUCUACUUCUUCCCAAAGAAAACAGGAAAUAGAAUCUCAUCUGGAGUCGCUUCGAAAACAGCGUAGCAAUAUUCCAGUCUGCAAGCAGAUUCUUCAAAAUCCACAGUCUUCUACUUCAUAUACUCAUUGGUUUUGCUUGACAGUGUUUGAGGAGUUACUGCCUACAUGGAAUUCCAAAAUGACUGUAUCUGGACGGCAGCAAGUCAAAGAGUUUUUAUGGACGCUAUUAAUUAAUCCACAGUAUCCAGAAAUGUUUGCUAGUUUUGUUGCUACAAAAUUGGCUACUUUGAUUGUUCAUAUUGCACGACAAGAAAUGCCUUCUGAAUGGCCAACAUUUUUUGAGGAUGUUUUGGCGCUGCAGACCACAGACCCACAACUAUGUCUUAACCUACUUAAACUAGCUGUUGAAGAAUUCAUGUUUAUCCGGCAAGACAGCAAUAUGAUUGAUAUGCAACAAACUCAAUUAAAAUCCAUUAUAGCGUCACGAGCACCGCGAAUAUGUCAUGUCGUGAUUCAAGUUCUCGAUCAUAUCUAUCAAACUCAAGUUCAACGUAUUGGAUCCAAUUCACCGUCUGUUUCGUCAAGCACCACUUUGAAUGUCGGCACUGCCUUUUAUUCUCCCUACAAAUCUGAAUUGGCUUCGUUGUCACCUGGAAGCAAAACAUCUGAUCUAUCUCCAUUAAAUAGGCAUUUAUUGAAUUCCUACGAAUCGCCCUUGAAUAGAUCUUUGUUGGAUGAUGCGCAUACUGUACCAUUGGUAUACAAUGCAUCUUUAGAUAGCCACUAUAUUACACUCUGUCAAACCUCUUUAGAUAUCAUGCACAGUUUGCUGUCAUGGAUACCCCUGGAAGACCCUUUGCCUGUUCAAUCCAUUGUAAAAACUCUACUAUGCUAUUCUCAGUUUACAGAUGAUAGUAUGAGCAAUUUGGGAUCUCAAAGUCUAUCCUGCAUAAACGAGGUUUUGCAACGCAAAUACACGCCACAGGGGCACAAUGAGUUUAUUUCAUUGCUCAUCAAUCAUAUUUCUGAAAUUCUACGGUAUUUAAUGUCUAGUCAAGAUUCCAGUGUCGAUCAUCCGCGUCUUCAAGAUAUUGAUUCAGACUAUCUAUGCAAGUUUACAGACCUUAUUGGCCAUUUUAUAUCUCAGCACUCGUAUAAAGCAGAAACAGAGAAUGGAUCCCAUUUUUCAGAAUUCUUGCGACUAUUUUACAACUACACAUUUGCUCAACAAUCGUCGGAAGACUUUUUAGCAUGUCUUGAUAUUUGGAAGCAAUUCAUUGGCAUCAUGCUGGAUAGAUCGAAAAAAAUGGAUUCAACCGCGUCUACCGAGUAUCUGAUCAGAUACCAUGGCGGUUUAGUUGGAAUUGUCGAUGCUUUGUUUAAACUCAAAAGCUCGUCCUCGACUAUUUGGAAUUCUGAAGAACGAAAAUUGAUUGAGCAGCAUUCUUUAGAUGUUAUUGUAAACGUGGCAGAUUUGUUUCCAUCAGAUAUUUUGCAGCGAUCAUUUGACUUGUUUACCACUCAUAGUACCACAAUCUUUCAAAGACUAGAUGGACAGAGCCCAACUGCUGACACAAUGAGAGAAUGCACACUGUCUAUUGAAAUGGCGUUGCUUGUUUUUGGACGAAUCUCCCACUUGUUUACAAAUGACUUUGAUAGGACGUUUGCAGCGUCUUUUGCUUUAGUUGAUCAGUUUUGCACUUUUCAGGAAUUUCUAUUAAGACAUAAUGUCAUGCUCAACGAGUCUCUACCUACAACCGUCAUGAAUACAUUGAUUCUAUAUGUUCACUGGUUCACAAAUUUUCACCAAGCAGCACAAACCAACUCUGAGAUGUCUUCCAAAUUUGACAAUCUAAAUCAAUUGCUUCAAUUUUCAUCAUCUCGACUGCUUCGUGCCAUGUCAGAAACUGUGCGACCGGAUUUGUUCAAAAUUCCCCAUGUGGUAAAAUGUCUUUCUGAGCUUCAUAAUAUUGCCUUUAACACUACCUCGUCUACACGAGAUGGUUUGUAUCAAUUUGCUACAAAUUUAUUUGUGCUACCAGUUUUGAAUGCAAAGAUUUUUGAAGAGGAAUGGAAAGAGCGAUCUAGAAUGUAUCAGCAGCUUAUGCAACCUCUGGUGACUGCGUUUGUUGAACUUGUUCAAGGUCCCAAUUUCUCCAACACGGCUCAGCAACCUCAAAUUCAACAGCAAAUUGUGUUGUCUAUAGAAGCUUUUGUUGGAUGCCUUCACGCGAUUGAAGCUCAGGGCACGUUUCCCAAGGAAACUGUAUUUGAAGCUUUGCAGGCCACCAUAGCAUCGUCCAUGUCACUCCUGAAUGUAUAUUCAAACGACAAUGCCAUGCUAUGUGUUUUAUUGGAUUACAUAACGCUACUUUUCAAUGCACUUCGAGCCCAGAAUGCAAGAGAGAACAUGGACUUGUUUACGCAAACCAUUCAACUGUUUAUGCAAAUGCUCAAAGGGGAAUCGCUGACAAAGCAUAUACAACAAAAUUUGGGAUCUGCUGUGGUGGAAAAAGCCAUCAACUUUUUGUCUACAACAAUUGAUCAUCCUCACAAAGGCAGCUCUACCAUUUUACCACAAAUUAUAUCUUUCUGUGUCCAGGAUCUGUAUCCGCAAUGCAUUGAUGGGAACAAUACGUUUUUUGAUUCCAUUCGACCUCUGUUUUAUGAUAUGCUUUAUCGAAUACUGUUGAAUCACUGGAGAUACUUUUUUAAUGCUCGUGUAGGAAUAGCUUUGGGUGGCGACCCAACGGAUUGCAAGAAUGAAACCGAGUUUAUGGCAAUUAUUCAGAUUUUUAUGCUUUCUUUUCAAGGCACACAUGUGGAUAUGAUUAAACAAACCAUGACCAUCUUUGAGCAACUUAAUGAAAAAUGUCGACUUUUUUCAAGACCCGUGUUUGUACAAAACAUAGCACCAAGCAUCAUUAAAUGUGUAUUGGACAUCUUGUUACAAAAAACACUCGAGCUUUUACGUGACGACCUGAUUCAAUUUAUGGGAAAUAUUGUAACGGCUGAUCCCAGUGUGGUUGUUACGCAUUUUUUUAUUGAAAAAUGUAAAUCGUUUACCAAAGAGCAGCAGAAUAUGCUUGGAUCACGACUGGAAAAUAUCAAGGUACUGUAG